AAGCACAAAAGGGAAGGCCUUAUUGAGAGCUAAUCAACCCAUAAUGGAGAAAACAACUCAAAUCGCCGUCAUAGCCAGUCCAGGAUUCAGCCAUCUUGUUCCGAUUCUUGAAUUCUCCAAGCGACUUGUUCAUCUUCAUCCAGAUUUUCAUGUCACCUGCAUCGUUCCAGCCUUCGGAUCUCACUCGCCUUCCUCCAUAGCCUGCCUUCAAUCUCUUCCUUCAAACAUCCAUUACAUUUUACUCCAACCAAUUCCCAAAGAGAGAAUUUCUCAACCCGAUAUUCUAGCAUUCCAAAUCGAAGGCACAGUGACUUUAUCACUUCCAUAUAUCCACAACGAACUGAAGUCCAUGAAAUCCAGAGAUGGCCUCGCAGCUUUUGUUGUUGAUAUUUUUGCCGUAGAUUCUCUAGCCUUCGCUUCAGAACUCAACGUCUUCUCUUACAUAUACCUUCCACAAGCUGCUAUGGUGUUUUCACUUUAUUAUUAUUCAUUACUUCUGGAUGAAACGGUUUCUUCAGAGUUCAGAGACCUUAAGGAACCCGUAGAGAUUCCAGGUUGUCUUCCGAUUCAUGGGAGAGAUCUUCCUACGGUGUUUCAGGAUCGGUCCAGCUCAGCCUACAAGAUGUUUCUAGAACGAUCCAGAAAGUUCAGUCUUGCAGAUGGAGUUCUCUUCAACAGCUUUGAAGAAUUAGAACCAGAGACCAUAAGAUCUUUAAGAGAAGAAAUCCAAGGGAAGAACAAGACGACGAAGAAGAAGAAGCCUCAGUUUUUUCCUGUCGGACCCAUUAUACAAAGUGGGUCAAGCAACGACACAAACGGAUCAGAUCGCUUCGAUUGUUUAAUAUGGUUGAACAAUCACCCACCUAAAUCUGUUCUCUAUGUCUCGUUUGGGAGUGGUGGGACCCUGUCUCAAGAUGAGAUCAAUGAACUGGCUCACGGAUUGGAACUAAGUGAAACAAGAUUCUUAUGGGUUCUGAGAUCCCCAAGUAAAGUUUCUAGUGCUGCUUAUCUUGAUACCUCAAAUCAGAAUCCUCUUGAUUUCUUACCAAAAGGGUUUCUGGAGAGAACUAAAGAACGAGGUUUGGUUAUUCCUUCAUGGGCACCACAGAUUCCAAUUCUUAGACACGGUUCAGUUGGUGGAUUCUUAAGUCACUGUGGUUGGAACUCAACGCUUGAAGGUAUUGUUCAUGGCGUGCCGUUUAUACCGUGGCCACUUUUUGCAGAACAGAGGAUGAACGCCGUUUUGCUGACCAAUGGACUAAAGGUGGCUGUGUGGCCAAAGGUAAACGACAAUAAGAAUGGGAUUGUGGAGAAGGAAGAUAUUGCAGAAGCCAUAAGGAGGUUGAUGAUGGAAGGAGAAGAAAGCAAUGAGAUUCGUGCGAGAAUCCAUGCCUUGAAACUUGAAGCUGUUCGUGCGUUGAAGGAAGAUGGACCCUCCACAGUGACUUUAUCUGUAUUUGCUGACAGUUUGAGAGAGAAAUAACUCGAAACGAUUUUUCGUUUCAUCUGUUCUCUUUGGGGUCAAGCAUCGAAACUUGAAGAGUUAGCCUUAAUAGCAAGACAAUUUUACUCUGUAAUCGGAGUUUAAUUUGAAUAAUUAUUAAAUAGAUGACUUAUAAUUAAUGAAUAA